CAAACUUGGAGAGUCUAGAGGUGUUCAGGAUGGUUCUUCGGCCGGAUGUGAUGACGAUACACCUAUGAGAGAUAACGACGACGGCGAUAGCGGAUCUGAUGGUUCAUGGGAAGAUAUGUCAGACCAGGAAGAUAUUGUUGAAUUGAUAAAGCAAGCACUCGAAACAGAACUAGAGGGCGGUCCUGAGCAAUUUCAGUUGCUAGUUCUGCUUGGACAAGCGCUCUUUGAUCGAUAUUACACCACGAGAGCCAUAGCCGACCUUGACGAGGCCAUUCAAAUAGGCAGGCAAGUCAUCAACAGAAUGCAAGUCGAUCAUCCGGAACGACCAGGGUAUUUGAACGACCUUGGGAUUCGACUCGGUGAGCGAUACUCAAGGAGCGGAUGCGCAGCGGAUAUCGAUGAGGCGGUGCAAACUAUGAGAGAAGCAGUCGAU